UCCUGGAAGCGGGCGCGAGAGCUAACUACAUCUCCCAGAAUCCUCUGGGUCGCAGUGGGCGUGGCGGCCCGCGGGAUUGGAUUUCCGAGACUCAUUUCCGGAGUUUGCAGCGGGGACGGGAGGAAGUUGUAGUCCUGCAUUUUUUAGCCGCGACAGCACACUUCCGGGCCAGGCGGCCUGGACGGUCAAGAGCACAAGAGUCCUGCGGCGGCCGUCGGGAGUCGUAGUCCGGCGUGCGGGGGUCGCCGGGACCUGUAGUCCGUCCUGCCAGCCCAGUCAGCGCGGUGUUGCCCGCCCCACACUCGGAGCCCGGAGCCACCGCCCAGGGGGAUGCGGAAGCCCCCGGCUCAGGGGAGCGGAGAGGCAGGCGGGGGGAGAAGAGGAUAGUUCUUUAAUGACCGGGGAAGGGGAGUCUUCUGUUUCUAGGCGACCAGAAGAGACCUUGUUACCUAGAGACAGGAGAGGAGGAGUCCUCUAUUGCUAGCCCCAGCAGGAGCGGAGGGCAGCAUGUCCCAGGCCCCGGGAGCACGGCCGAGCCCACCCUCCGUGUACCACGAGCGGCAGCGCCUGGAGCUGUGUGCCGUCCACGCCCUCAACAACGUCCUGCAGCAGCAGCUCUUUAGCCAGGAGGCUGCCGAUGAGAUCUGCAAGAGGCUGGCCCCAGACUCCCGGCUGAACCCCCACCGCAGCCUUCUGGGUACCGGCAACUAUGACGUCAACGUAAUCAUGGCGGCCCUGCAGGGACUGGGCCUGGCCGCCGUGUGGUGGGACAGGAGAAGGCCCCUGUCCCAGCUGGCCCUGCCCCAAGUGCUGGGGCUGAUCCUGAACUUGCCUUCGCCUGUGUCACUGGGGCUGCUGUCCCUGCCACUGCGCCGGCGGCACUGGGUGGCCCUGCGCCAGGUGGACGGCAUCUACUACAACCUCGACUCCAAGCUGCGGGCACCGGAGGCCCUAGGGGACGAGGAUGGCGUCAGGGCUUUCCUGGCGGCUGCCCUGGCCCAAGGGCUAUGCGAGGUGCUGCUGGUGGUGACCAAGGAGGUGGAGGAGAAGGGCUGCUGGCUGCAGAGUGACUGACCGGCCGACUGCAGGGACUCAGUGCUGCCUGGCGCAGCACUUGCGACCACGGCCAGCCUGACUUCAAGUGCCGGGGAAGGGCCUGUGCAUCCCAGCCCCGGGAAGGCCGGGCCCUCCCCAUGUUCCCCACUCCCCAUGCCGCUGCUGCCUCAAUAAAUCUGCUGAUCUGCUCCA